AUGAUUCUCUUCUGGGUGACUUUGCUCUUUUUUCAUCAUGGAUAUACGCUGGUUCCACUGUUCACAGUUCAACUUGGUGAACCUGCAACUUUCACAUGUCGUCUGCCUGAAGAUCAAGACAGCAGAGUUAAAAUUCACUGGUACAAGCAAAAUGCUGGGGAUACUUUGAAGAUAAUUGUGUCACUGUGGAAACUGGCAAAACCUGAAUAUGGACCAGAAUAUUCUGCAUCAAGACUGAAAGUGACGCUUGAGGAAAAAUUCAGCAAUCUGACAAUUGUAAGAACUGUUAAAGAAGAUGAAGGGAUGUAUCACUGUGCUUUCAAUGACUGGAGCAAGAAUAUCUGGCAUAGCAUGUACUUGUCAUUAAAAGGACCCACUGAGAGGACAUCAGACUACACUGUUGUCCAACAGACAGCAGCAUCAGAUCCAGACGGUUCAAGAGGCUCAGUCACUCUACAGUGUUCACUUCUAUCUGGUUCUGACAUAAAGACGUGCUCAGGAGGUCUCAGAGUGUUCUGGUUCAGAGUCAGAUCAGAGAAGUCUUAUCCAGACAUGAUCUAUACUCAAGGAAAACGACACGAUGAAUGUGAGAAGAAACCUGACUCCCAGAACAGAUGUGUGUUCUUUAGGAACAUCAGCUCCACUGAUGCUGGGACUUUCUACUGUGCUGUGGCCACAUGUGGACAGAUAUUAUUUGGAAAUGAACCGAAAGUUCAAGCUGUUAAUAAGCCACAGCUACAUAAUAGUGGUCUGAAGAUUCAACAGACAGGUGAGCAUGAAUGGAUUUACUCUGCUGCCAUCUUCACUCCGGUGAAAGCCGACAGCAGAGCAAUGAAAGCUGCAGCAAAGAAACAGAAGAUCUACGCUGCGGUCAAACUUUUGGAUUGA